AUGGCUGGCGAACCGCGGCGCCGCCUCUCUCCUAUUCAUACACGAAACCUCAGCACGGUCACGGUCGAGUCAGACAGCUCAGACAGUUCUCCGUGCCCCGGCGACGAUGAGGACACGGAUUACUUCAUGGCGCAUGCCAACGAUUCACAAUCUUCCCUGGGUGCCAUUACAGCCAUUAGGGAUUGUGACGAUGACAUCGACCUGGAGCAAGUCCACCGCCUCUCUCCCAUAUCCAAGUUACCGCCCGAAAUUCUCAUUGCUAUCCUUGCGAAACUCACUACUACGUCUGACCUCCGGAACUCGAUGCUGGUGUGUUAUCAUUGGGCUCUCUAUACCGUUGGCAUUCUGUGGCACCGACCGCUCUGCAACAAGUGGCCCAAUCUGCUCAAUGUUGUGACGGCGCUAGGAAAGGGCGACAAGAGCUAUUUUCCAUACCACGAGAUGGUCAAGAGAUUGAAUCUAUCUGCAAUCGCCGACAAGAUCAAUGACGGAACAGUACAGCCCUUCAUGAACUGCAAGGGUAUUGAACGCCUGACGCUGACAAACUGUUCGAACCUGACGGAUUUUGGGGUGGCCGGAUUGGUGGACGGCUGCAAGAAACUCCAGGCACUGGAUGUCACGGAUUUGGACGCCUUGACUGAUCAAACAUUGCAUGUUGUUGCUCAAAACUGCGCCAAACUGCAGGGGCUCAACAUCACAAACUGCUCCAAUAUCACAGAUGAGUCUCUUCUCGAUAUUGCCGAGCAUUGCAGACAGCUCAAAAGACUGAAGCUGAAUGGCGUGGUGAGAGCAACGGACCUCUCCAUCACAGCUGUUGCUAGGAAUUGCCGCUCAAUCCUGGAGAUUGACCUGGCGGGCUGCCAUUCCAUCUCCUCGGAAUCGGUCACGGCGCUGCUGGCCAACUUAUCACAUCUCCGAGAACUCCGCCUGGCCCAUUGUAUUGACAUCAAUGAUUCAGCAUUCACCAACCUACCCCCUCGACUAUCUUUUGAGGCUUUAAGAAUUCUUGAUCUCACUGCCUGUGAACAAGUCCGAGACGAUGCUAUCGGAAGGAUCAUCCCCGCUGCGCCUCGUUGCAUCCAUUUGCAAGCUUGGGAAGAACUUGCACUACAUUCACCUUGGCCACUGCAUUAA